UUUUUUUUCUUUUUUUUUUUUUCUUGUUUACCAAAUCAUACAUAAACCAUGGCAACUCUCUCUGUUUCUCACUCACUCUCCAAUUCCAAUUCCAUUUUCUCUCAUCCUUUGCCACCGAGUCACCACCUCACAAAUGGAGACUCGUGCAAAGAGAAAGGCAAAAGCUUCUUCUUCCGUAGUCUUAUACCCCAAACGACACCGUGUUGUGUUGGGUGAGUUUCUCGAUUUCCCAAACCUCCAUGAAAAUCCUUGCAAAGAGAAACUUCAAUCUCAGAAGAACCCAUCUCCCACAAACAAAGCCCUUUUUUCUUCUGGGAUUGAUGAAUCUUAUGUUUCCCAUAUUGAUGAGUAUCUUUAUGAGAUGGAGAGAAAGAGAAGGCCAAUGAUGAAUUACAUUGAGAAAGUUCAGAAAACAGUUACAUCAAGCAUGAGAGCAAUAUUGGUGGAUUGGUUAGUGGAGGUUGCUGAAGAGUACAAACUUCUCUCGGAUACCCUUCAUCUCUCUGUUUCAUACAUUGAUAGAUUUUUAUCGGUUAAUCCUAUGACUAAAUCGAGACUACAGUUGUUAGGUGUUUCGUCAAUGCUCAUUGCUUCUAAGUAUGAGGAAAUUGACCCACCAAGUGUGGAUCAAUUCUGCAGUAUUACUGAUAACACUUAUGAUAAAGAAGAGGUCAUAAAGAUGGAAGCUUCCAUACUCAACUCCCUAAAUUUUGAAAUGGGAAAUCCUACUGUAAACACCUUUCUAAGGAGAUUUGUUGAUGUUGCUUCUGAAGAUCAAAAAAUCCCAAAUUUGCAGAUUGAAUUUUUGAGCAACUAUCUUACUGAGUUGAGUCUGUUGGACUAUGAUUGUAUAAGAUUCUUGCCUUCUAUUGUGGCUGCAUCUGUUAUAUUUCUUGCAAGAUUUAUUAUCUCACCUAAAGUGCAUCCUUGGACUUCUUCCCUUUGUGAAUGUUCGGGUUACAAAUCAGAUGAGUUGAAAGAAUGUGUUCUCAUUUUACAUGAUCUGUAUCUCUCAAGAAAAGCACCGGAUUUUAAAGCUGUUCGAGACAAAUACAAACAACAUAAGUUUAAAUACGUGGCAAAUUUGCCUUCUCCUCCCUUUAUACCGAGUUGUUACUUUGAAGACCAGUGAUACAGUGGAAAUUCUUUGAUAUUAUUGUUAAAGUGUACGAUGAGAGGAUCGUGAAGAAUUUUCAUUUUCGACAAAAUAGCCGAUACUAUACAUAUCUUAUUUUAUGAGAAAAGUCUACUCUGAAUUCGAAGGCAAAUUGAUUCAAAUGAUGUGGGUUGAGUGGUUCAACCAAUAAAGUACAAGAGUUUCAUACUGCUUCUUUCAACAAACAAGUGAUUUUGAUCUUGGGAUUUGGAGAUGGUUCUAUUUUCAUAAAAACAUUAAUUUAUUUGUUGCUCUAUAAAGUUAUGGUCAUUGCUCAAGCCCUUUUGAUAUAAUUCGUUUACCUAGAUUAGCAAAAUCAGAACCAAAGAAAAAUUUUCAUAGGGAUGAAUAUGUAGAAAUCAGAAGGAUCUUGAACUGCACAGAAAAGAACAACAACUAUGAUGAGCUCAAACAGAGAAACAAGGAAGAUCAUUUUAUUGACACAUGUCACAUUAAUUAUGAUGGAAAACUUCAUCCAAAAUUUUAUGAAUGAAUGGCAAGUUUUAUUAUAUUA